CGCCGGCUCGCCCUGAAAUAUCAUCAUACUAUCACUGGCUCGCCGUACAGUCUCUUGCCAGAACUCGACGCCGCCACAAGAAUCUGCCACUUGGCCUGUCGUAGGUCCACUGCCUCUUCCAUUCUCGAAAAGGUGCCAAGGUCCUGUGCGCACUGGGGUAUAUAUAGGAGCUGCUGCCCCCCCUCCGACAUUUUCCUUUUCAUCUCUUCACUGCUCGACUCUCGUCAACCAUCUCACGCUCUUCAUCUUUGAUCAAUUCCAAUCUCCUUAUUCACUACCAACAUCUGUCGCACAUAUGGCCGAAGAGAUCGCUGCCGUGGGCUGGAUGGCAGCCAUGACUGUCGGCCUGGGAGGCUCUUUGUUGCUGGCGGCAGGGGCCGUCGGUGCUGGCAUCGGGAUCGCCUGCGCCAUUGGCGACUGUCCGUUCCGCGCGCGCAGUGAGGACAUCACUCCGAUGUUGCUCCAGAUCAACAGCGCCAACCUGACGGGCAACGACGUGGCCAAGCUCACGGGCCUGGCCAUCGACAGUAUCGAUAUCGGCCAAGGCAGGGCGUCUUUCCGAAGUGAUGUCUUUGACGGUGUGAAUGGCACGUUGACCAUCAACAAUGCGAAAAAACGCGACAUGUCCCGGAAGGGCCUCGUCUCGGGCGACAUCAGCUUCCCCAUCCCUGGCCUUGAGCGUGAGGUGGAAGGCACUUGGGUCGCCGUCGACCCCAGUGUUGCCGACGACAAGACCAAAAAGGCCUUCAACAACGUCCACAAGGGAGUGACUUCGGCACAUUCCCAAAAGGAGACGGAGAAGAAGGGGCUGGAGAGCAUGGUGUAUGACCUGCUUGUCACCGCAGACGGUUUCGUCGACGGCCCCGAAGUCGACGCCUGGUUUCACAAAGUGCUCACUGAAGGGAUCCAUGUUUGAGAGGCGGGCGGAGUUGAUUUUUGGUGCUCUGGGGGAUGGUUGAAGGAUGGACAAAAAGGCAAAGGAAAUGUCCACCAUGGAGGGAGCUUUUGGCAUCUGGGAGGGCGGUAGUACGCUGGAGGUUGAUUGGCAGUGUCGGUUCACAUGGUUUUGGAGGCGCUUGCGUGGGACACUUUGGACGUUAUACCGAUGAGACAAAGCACACACGGGUCGCAGGUGCUUGAGAGAAAAAGCUAUUGG